AUGUCGGACGACAACAUUUCCAUCUACGAUGAGAUCGAGAUCGAGGACAUGACCUUUGACGAGGACAUGCAAAUCUACCACUACCCGUGCCCGUGUGGCGACAAGUUCCAAAUUGCGCUUGUCGACUUGCGCGACGACGAGGACAUUGCCGUGUGCCCCAGCUGCAGUCUUAUGAUUCGCGUCAUUUUCGACAAGGACGACCUUCCCAAGGACCCCGAGAACGACCCCGAGCCCGCUGUCGAGGAGGCUUCCGCCCAGAUCCCCGUUGCUGCCUAA